GGGCCGGACCUUCCCCCGGACCGGACCUUCCCCCGCGCCCGCCGCAGGGCAUGGGCGCCGCGGCUCCGUGCUGCGCUGCCGCGCCCCGGCCCCAUGAGUCCUUGCCGGAGCAAGUGAGUGCGGGAGGUGCCCGGGCGGGCGCCGGCGGCCCGGCCUCGGGAGGGAGGAUGUGGUGAGAGGAUGGGGCUGUGUCCCGCGGGGGCUCGCCAUGGCCAGGGAGGACUCGGUGAAGUGCCUGCGCUGCCUGCUCUACGCCCUCAACCUGCUCUUCUGGUUGAUGUCCAUCAGCGUAUUAGGUGUUUCUGCUUGGCUGAGAGACUACUUGAAUAAUGUUCUCACUUUAACUGCAGAAACAAGGGUGGAGGAGGCUGUCAUUUUGACUUACUUUCCUGUGGUCCACCCGGUUAUGAUUGCAGUCUGCUGUUUCCUCAUCAUAGUUGGAAUGCUGGGGUACUGUGGAACGGUAAAAAGAAAUCUGUUGCUCCUUGUCUGGUAUUUUGGAAGCUUGCUUGUAAUAUUCUGCAUUGAACUGGCCUGUGGUGUUUGGACCUACGAGCAGGAAAUAACGGUUCCAGUGCAGUGGUCCGAUAUGAUCACACUGAAAGCCAGGAUGACCAAUUAUGGCCUACCUAGGUACCAGUGGCUGACCCAUGCUUGGAAUUUCUUCCAGAGGGAGUUUAAAUGUUGUGGCGUGGUGUACUUCACAGACUGGCUAGAAAUGACAGAAUUGGACUGGCCGCCUGACUCCUGUUGUGUCAGAGAAUUCCCAGGAUGCUCUAAGCAGGCACAUCAUGAGGAUCUCAGUGACCUUUAUCAGGAGGGAUGCGGUAAAAAAAUGUACACUUUUUUGAGAGGGACGAAGCAAUUGCAAGUGCUGAGAUUUCUAGGAAUCUCUAUUGGAGUAACGCAGAUCCUGGCUAUGAUCCUCACUGUUACUUUGCUAUGGGCUCUGUACUAUGACAGAAGAGAUCCCAGAGCAGAUCAGAUCAUGGCACUGAAGAGUGAUACCUCGCAGGAGCUGUCAUGUCAUUCCAUGGAGCUACUGAAACCAAGCCUGACCAGGAUCUUUGAACAUACAUCCAUGGCAAACAGCUUCAAUACACACUUUGAAAUGGAAGAGCUAUAAGUGAUGCAAUGAAUCUGUGAAGUCACAGAGGAUUUUAAUUGUUUUGUUGUUAAUUUUGUUCUGUUCAUCAAAUAUGCCAAAUAUAUGUCUUCUUAUGCAUCAGAAGCCAGUUAAUGAAUGGAAGUGAAGGAGACCAGCAAAGAGAGAUGAGCCUCUCAUCAGCCUCGGAGCCAUGGCCUCAGCCGUGAAACAGUUGAUUUGGGGGGUUGUUUUAUAAAAGGCACCCAUUCAGUUGGACACAGUAAUACUCUACUUAUUGUCACAAGCUGUGUGAAGUGUAAAACACUGACUCAUUCACAGGUAGACUGAACCUGUAGGGAAGCAUGAUGGGAAGGGAAGAGGAAA